AUGACGAUUAAGGAUAAUAAUGAGAUUCAGGAAGAUUCAACAACAGUUGUUGAUGAUAUAACACCGAUUGCUUCUCGAGCUCAAUCAAGUUAUAGUGCAAAAAGAACGAAAUUAACAAUUGCACCGAUAAAAUGUGGUGAAAAUCGAAUUCACUAUUUAUGGAGAUUAUUACGAUGUUCGAUACGCCGAACAAUUGAUGCUGUUGCACGUGCAGAUGAUACGGACAUAGAACGAUCACAUGGUUUACAUUUCAUACGAAAUAUAAAUCAUGAUAUUCCAGUUAAAUGUAUUUCAUUCAAUAGUAAACGAAAAGAAAUUGUUAGUAUAGAUCAUGAUCAAAUUGCUCAUGUAUAUCAUUCUGAUGGUCGAGCGUAUAAAAAAUUAAAACUUGAUAUAAAAUUUAAUCGAUUAUUUUAUUGUGUAAAUGAAGAUGAGUUUAUUGCUUGGUCAAAUGGACGUAAAGAAGUUCAUAUGUUAAGUGCGGAUCUGGAAAUUUUAUCAACAUCAACUUGUGAUUAUAAUAUAUUUGAUUUAAAUUACAAUGAAACAACAUCAGAUGUAUUUACUUGUGGAAAAGGAGGUGCUACUGUUUGGCAAUUUCGUUUUAAUCGAAGAUAUAUUGUACCGAAAUUUGAUUGUCGAGAAGGUAUCUCACCAGAUCUAGAAUAUAAUAUAUUAGCUGCUGAACAAACAGAUGGUUCUAUUCAACGAUUAUUUAUUACAGCAGGCUAUGAUGUUUUGACUUUCAAUAUAGCUAAUGAAGGACGACAUUUUUUUACUAAACAAGAUUUACAUGUUCGACCAAUUGUAGCAAUGACAUUUAUUGAUCAACGUGAUGUACUUGUGACAGCUGGUCGAGAUGGAUCAAUUAAAGUUUGGGAUAAUCGAUGGUUUAUUUUAUAUGCUUAUGUUGGUCAUCAAGAUCGAAUAUUAUAUUUAAGUAAACAUCCAUUUGGACCUUAUCUUAUUUCAAGUAGUCAAGAUCGAACAAUUCGAGUUUGGAGUUUUGAAUAUGGUGAUGUUGUUGAUAUUAUACAUGUGCCUGAACCGAUAUCACAUAUGGAUAUAGCAGUUAAUUAUGAAAAAUUUAUUGUUAAAUCAGCGAAAUGUUUACAAUUAUGGUGUGUUAAACAUUAUUGUGACUUUUUGACUUUUAUCGGAUCACCUAUUUCAAAAAUAUUAUGUACAUCACAUCCAAAUUAUCCAAUUCGUUCAGUUCUUCUAUGUAAAGAUUCAACUGUACGAAUAGUUGCAUGUACUACUGGUGAUGUUUUAACAAGUCUUGUUUGUGAUUUAAAUUUUAUAAUUACAUCAUGUGCUUAUGCAAUUGCUCAAAAUACACUAUUUGUUAGUAAUGGUACUACAAUUUUAAAAGCAGAUACAUCAUUGAAUCCAUGCAAAAUUAUUCAACAAUUUGAUAUAACUGAUUAUACAAUUAAUUGUUUGGUAAUAUAUGAAUAUAUAGCACAGAAUAGUAUGGAAGAAACACCAGCUCUUAAAGCAUUAGUAACAAAACCAAGUAGUGAAAUAAUAAAUAAUGGAUUAAAAGGUUUUAGUCGAACAUUAUUAAUUGCUGGAUUAAGUAAUGGUCAUAUUGCUGUGUUGAAAUGGGAUACUGGAGAAAUUGAUUUUUCAUUAGAUAUGCAUUCUACUCGUCCAGUUGUUGAUAUUAUUGCUAAUUCAAGUGCGGAUCAGAUUAUAACAUGUGGUGUUGAUUUAAUUAUUCGAAUUUGGCGAGUAUUUCCUUAUGCUGUUGAAUCAUUAGCAGUUACUCGUUCAAUUUUUUGUGCUUUACCACCUAUUCAUUUAACUAUAAUGAAAAAUUCACUUGCUGUUGCUUUUCGAGAUGAACCAACAAUGACACAUUCAUUAAUGCUUUAUAAUUUAGAUAAUAAUGAACGAUUUGAUCAUCCACCAGAUAAUGAUCAUUGUGAUAAAGUAACAGCUAUAUCUGGUUGUUCGAAAUUAAAAUUAAUUGCAACUGGUAGUCUUGAUGGUACAUUAAGAAUUUGGAAUGGAGAAAAUCAAUUAAUUAGAAUGAUUGUUAUUCAUGAUAAUAUUCAUUCAUUACAUUUUAUAAAUGAUUCAGGAGAUUUAAUUAUUGGUAUAGGUGAUCAUCUAUAUGCAAUGUCACAUUUAUCAUAUUUACCAAAAGUUAUUGUAUUUAAAACUAUAUCAAUGCAAUUUACACCAACAAUACCAGAAAAUAAAGCAAGUGAAGAAAUCAAUAAUACAGAAUUAAUUCGUAUGUCAUCCGAGAAUGUUAUUCGUUUAAAAAAAGCUCAUAAAGCGGAUCAAAUAGCAUUGAAUAGUAAUCGUGAAAUGGUAGAUGCUGCUGAUUUUCAUAUAAAAUUAGCAGAACAAGUUAAAAUAAAAAAUCAAGAAUUAGAAAAAUUGGAAAAACGAGAUUUGGAAAUUGCUCAAAUUGCUGAAGGAAAACUUCAUCGAACUAAAAAAUAUAAAAUCUCAUCAAAAGUUCGAAAACAAGCAUUUGAUGAAUAUAUGAAAAUGUAUCUGAAAGAACCAAAAAAAGGCUUGUUAGAUGAUGAUAUGUAUAAAGUGACAGAACAAGAAUUAUUUGGUCCAUCUCCAACGCCACCCGAUCCAUAUACGAUUGAUGGUGAUAAUGGAUUUUUUCGUUCGUUAAAAGAAGCAAAUUCAGAUCCUCUAUCGAAGCUUUACGACGAUCGGGGACAACAAUUAUUUCAACUUCAACAACAUUAUCGUUUUCAAUCAACCUUACCAAAUGAUGAUAUUCAUUCUCUUAAACAACAACAAGAACAAAAUGAAGCUAAAAAAUUACUUGAAAGUAAUCUUCAAAAACUUACUUUACCUUCUGAACGUCCUCAUUAUGGUUCUGGUACAAUGAUUCCUAAUUCUGUAUUGGCGAAAUUACUUUGGCCAGAUCCAUUACCACCAAGAAAACAAGAUGUCGAAGAAUGGACACCACCCACUUUGUCCGAUCAACAACUACAAGCAAUAGAAGAAACUCAACCAGUCGAUGAAGAAGCUGAAUGGAGAGAAUUAAUGGCAUCAAUGACGAAAAAGAGACUUGGUGUGGAUGAUGAUGAUAUGACUGAUCGUUCAGAAAAACAAAAAGAUCCAAGCGAUUUAAUGAAACAACUAACUGGUAUUGCACAACAAACUGCUGAACCACCACAACCAAUACCUUCGGAGGAAGAACCUGUGAAAACUAAAUCUAAACGUCAAGAAGUUGCAAAAGCUAUAGGUCCAAUAGGACCAUCUAAUAAAUUAGCUCGACAAACUUCAAUACGACGUUCACCUAGUUUACCACCUGUUUCACCUGCAAAACUACCUCAAACACCGGGUUCACCAACGAGAUCAAUUCAUACACCAGGUUCAACAACAAAAUCAAUUCGAACACCUGUAAAACCAUUAACACCAUAUGUUGAUGAACCAGCUUCAGUUAUUAAUGAAUCAACAUCAUUUGUUAAUGAUUCAACUCAAACAGUUGAAUUUCGUAGUAAAACUCCACGUGAAUUUUCACCAGCAUUUUUAUAUUUUAUUGAUAAACUUGUUGAAUUGAAUUGGUUUGCUGAACAAUAUCCAUUGAUUAAAGUUGAUAUUUUUCUUGAAACUUGUGAUGAAGAUUUAUUUCCUACUCAUGUAUUACAACGCUUAGAUAUGAUUAUAUCAGUCGAAGACAGACUUGCAGUUUUACAUGAACUUGAAGAUCUUUAUCGUUCGAGUUCAGUUAAUGAUCAAACACGAGAUUCAUUAAUUGAUAAAAUUUUAACACAAUUAACAAAAUUUAAUCCACUUUAUUAUGAUACACAUGAUAUUGAGUUUAUUUCAACUUAUCUUCGUUUAUUAGUACUUCUUAAAAAAAUGUCAAUAGACGUUGUUGGGGAAUUUAUUUAUUGGUAUUUAGAAGGUGGAGAUCGUCUUCAACCAUUUAUUAAAGAUUUAUUUGAACAAUGUGGUCUACAAGAUUCAUUUAAUCAUUUUUAUAAUGAAAUGGACUCAUGGAAAUUAUGGGAACUUGAUUUAACACAAUCACGACGAUCAGGAAUUAAAACACUUGCACAUGAAUGGCUUCGACGAUGGGCACAAGCAUUUCGUACACAUAUUGGAGAAAUGCAUUCUCGAUUGAAGAAUGGUGAUGUAAAAGUUAAAAUAAGUAAUGCAACAUCAAGAGCUUUAACUGGUGAUACGUCUCUAUCAAAAAAAUCAACUGUUAAAGGUAAAAAAUUAACAGUAACAUUAAAUACAUUACCACGUUUAAAUACAUCAAAUAUAUCAUCCAUUGAAAUAAUUAAUUAUUUUGUUGAAAUGACACAAGAUCAAAUAAAUGAACAAAAUAAAGCACAAGAAUCACUUGAUAGUAAAACAGUUCUUGUUCUACCAACAAUUAAUAAACAAUCAGCACUCGGACGUCUGGGUGAAUCACAUACAAUUUUUCAUCGACCGGUUAAACGAAAUCCAAUUUUUGUACCGUAUGAACAUCGAUUUGAACCAGGUGAACUUAGUAUGGGACGAUAUGUUAAUUAUCCUGUACGAAAACUUUUUCUCGAUCCAUUUCGUCGUCAAAUAUUUACAGAAGAUAUUGAAUAUGAAGAUAAUGAACCUUAUUUACUUACUCUUAAACUUGCACCGAAAUUUUUUCUUCCAAUUCUAUCACAAGUGACAAAAAGUUAA